AUGGGUGGUGAUGGCCGUGGCAGCAGUUUCUUGAUGGCUCUUCUUUUACUUAGUUUUCUGUGUUUUGUUUCUGCUAAUACUUUAGUAAAGCCGGCAGCCAAAACUGUCACCAAAACAAUUACUGGGACGACAAACAAUCAACAUUUAGACGCUGGGAGGACAAUAGAAAUAGAAAGGCAUUCCCUGCAAGGGACCAAUCUCAAUUAUGUCAGCAAAAGAAGAGUACCUAGCGAACCUGAUCCAAUACACAACAGGGAAGCAGCAGAGCACAUGGAAACGCACAUCCGAGCUUGAGCUUAAGGGAAAAACUGCCAAAUCAAAUUCAAGAGGGCACAGCCUAUUCAACUUCCAGUUGAGUGAAAAUUAUUCCCAAUCAGAAUCACAAAAUUUGCAAAAG